AUGGACCUGCAGAUUGCAGAAACGCUGCGUUUGGAGGGUGCCGAUAUGCUGUCUUCGAUCACCCAACUCCAAAUGCUCUGGGCAGCAAAUCCCCUUCAACUUCAAUCCUUCUUCUCUGCAUCUCCUUUGAUUCGAAGCUAUCGGAUAUUGGGAAGGAUUCUCAAAAUGGAUAUUCGACCAGAUGUGAUAACAGUUAAUACUUUAUUAAAAGGACUCUGCAUUAGCAACAAGGUUGGGGAAGCGUUAGACUUUUAUGAUGACUUAACGGCUAAAAGAUUUCAAUUCAAUGAACUUAGUUAUGGCACCCUGAUCAACGGACUGUGUAAAAUAGGGAAAAUAAGAUCUGCUGUUAAAUUGGUCCAAAUGAUGGAGAAGAAGGGAAUUAAAUCUAAUCUAAUCAUCUAUAGCACUAUCAUGGAUAGCCUUUGCAAAUGUGGCCAUGUUAUUGAGGCGCAUCAGUUUUAUUCAGCAAUGAUUGAUCAAGGAAUUCUGCCGUGUAUUAUUACAUAUACAUCUCUAAUCCGUGGCUAUUGCAGCGUGGGACAGUGGAAAGAAGCUACCCAAUUGUUUCAUGAAAUGGAAUUGAAAAGCAUCAAACCCGAUAUUCAUACAUUUAAUGCAUUCAUUGAUGCAUUUUGUAAAGAAAGGAGGAUUGUUGAAGCUCAAACCAUGUUUGCUAGGAUGAUGAAAUGUGAGAGACCGGAUGUUGUAACUUACGGUUCUUUAAUGAAUGGAUACCGUCUGAUGAAUAACGUGAAUGAGUCAAAGAAAAUAUUCUCCAAGAUGGUUCAAAGCGGUGUAACAGCUGAUGCAAUUAGUUAUAGUAUACUGAUCAAUGGAUUUUGUAAGAUUAAAAUGGUCGAUACAGCAUUAGAUCUCUUUCGAGAAAUGCGCUGCAAAAGCUUGGUUCCUGAUGUGAUAACAUAUAAUUCUCUUAUUGAUGGCCUUUGCAAGUCAGCGAGAAUGUCAGAGGUGCGAGAUCUUGUUUAUGAGAUGUAUGAAAGCGGUCAUGCCGCAAAUACAGUCACCUAUAGUAUUUUGUUAGAUGCAUUUUGCAAAAGUCAAAAUCUUGGUCAAGGGAUUGCACUAUUUAGGCAGAUGGUUGCCCAGAGAAUUCAACCUGAUAGUGCAUUUGGACUUGCCACCAUAAUUAUAAAUGCUGCCGUUUCCUCACUAGAUGAAGGAUCAAUUGGGGCUACAUUGCUUUUGGACUAUAUCCAAAAACUGGCUUGUUCAGUUUGGCACCUUAACACUUCCCUGCUCAUUGUGCUUUUCUUGUCUGUCGCCUAUAAAUUGCCAUUGGCUGCUGCACUUGAGGACUGUCAUGUAGCUACUGCAGUGAUUCUUUUUAAAGGGAUAAUGCUCUCCGUUUGCUACCAGCCACUACGCAUGCCUUUGACCUUAAGGGCAAGGUCAAUGUCAUGGGGAAGGCAAUGUUAUGAUCCAGAAAUAUAUGGACCUAAUGAGAAGAAAUGGGCCAAAGCUUAUUAA